GCUCUCAUUUUUUUCAGAAAACCGAGAGUCACAAAAACCAAAGAGCUGUUAGUCUCUGUUUUUCCGUCACUUUCCCGAGAAAAUGUCAGCCGGGCUGGGAAAGUGCAGCAAAAUCCGCCACAUUGUUAGGCUCCGCCAGAUGCUGCGGCGGUGGCGCAACAAAGCCCGCUUGUCGUCCGCCAAUCGCAUACCGUCCGACGUGCCCGCCGGCCACGUGGCGGUCUGCGUGGGCAGCAGCUGCAGGCGCUUUGUGGUGCGCGCUACGUAUCUGAACCACCCCGUCUUCAAGAAGCUCCUGGUCCAGGCCGAGGAAGAGUACGGCUUCGCCAACCAAGGCCCACUCGCAAUUCCAUGCGACGAGUCGCUCUUCGAGGAGGUCCUCCGGUUCAUCUCGCGGUCCGAGUCAGGUAACUCGGCCCGGUUCACCAACCUCGAGGACUUCCAGAGGUACUGCCACGUGGGCGUCCGUAGCAACCUCGACUUCUGGCCCGAGUCUCGGCCGUUGCUACAUGGGCUCGCCGAGAAAACCAUCUGGUAAACGAAGAAAUCGGUUUUCGGUUCUCACCCGGGGUGUGACUCGGUCCGAGUUAACGGAGUGGGGGUUUGCUGAUUUUUCACAGUACAGGUGGUUUUACCCUUUUACCCUUUUCUUUUUUUCCUUUUUUCUGGAAAAAUAUGUCAUUAUUGGGUACUGGGGUCGUGAGUAAUUACUGUAAAUGCUCCGGAGAAUGCUAAGGAGACGGCAAAUGGGUGGGUGGGUUAUCCACCGAGUCGUCCCGGGUUCGGAUCGGAGUGGAGGCGAAAAAAAAAAAAAAAAAAAAAAAGAUUGAGAGGCACUUGAAUUUCGUGCAAGCAAAGAAAAGCAAGUGAUGAUUAGGGAUUAUUAUGGGCCACUUUUGUAAAUUCUGUGAUUUAUUAUUGAUUAAUUAAUGGAAAAAUUGUAGAGAAA